AUGAGCUCAGGAAAUUCAGUCAAUUUAGAUUCGGAAGACGUUGAGAUUAUCGAGCAGUCAAAAUCUCCUAUAAAUCACGAAGAGCUGAGGAAAAUUGAGGCAUGGCUCGAACCCACGGAUUACCUUAAUGACUUUAGCGAAUUCAAUCGACAUAUAGCUUCACGAGCCCCUGAAACCGGUAUUUGGUACGUCAAAACUCUUAUGACAAGUCGCCCAGUUCAACAAUUGCAACUUAAGCUGGAGGAUGCUUCUAUCGUUCAUAUUAGUCUCGAAGACGAUCAAGUUCGCAAAGACAUAGAUCUUUUUGUCUCUCGCCGUUUAGAAAGCAUGUUUGAAAGAAAUAAUCCAGAUACACAACUAUCAUUACGUUCAAUCAUAUGUGAUAGAUCUGCCGGACUCUUCCUGUGCGCUCGCCUGUUUUUAGAAUCGCUAAUGCCAGCUCUGGUUUCAAAACAACAUUUGGAUUCCGAAGAUAUUGCCAGUACUCUCCCUGUCGGCAUGCAGGAGAUGUUCAACAGCAUCCUUCUCCAACAGUCUAAAUCCAUCGGCAUCGACACAAACCUUCAACAAUUCAUUCUUAACGCAGUGAUAUUUUCUUCUCGACUUCUUCGUCUCAACGAGAUUGCAGAUCUAUUCGCAUUUGUUUACCCAUCAUACCAUUUGUCCAGUGCCAAGACCAUUGUAAAGUCGGCUUGCGUAUCAGCAUUUUCAGAUCCGGAAGACAUAGACUUUAGAAGGUGGCUAACACUUGAUUGGGGCAUUCGAUUUAUCACGAAAGAUUCGUUAGUACCAUCGCCAGGGCAUGUGGCUGCGUUCAGCGGAAUGAGCAGCUGUUUGAAAUUACUCUUAUCUAAAACUGAGGAUAUCAACUCCAAAGAUCCUGGAGGCCGUACUCUACUACAUUGGGCUUGUCAACCUGGUCAUCUCAGAAUAUUUGAGCUUUUACUACAUUGUGUAUACAGAGGUACUACUAUGCUUUACGCUGCAACCAUGGGUGGGAAUCCAAGUUGUGUGGAGCAAAUAUUGAUUCGGGAUGCAGAUCCAAAUGCUUUUUCCGGACCACGAAUGCUUGAUCGUCGACAGCAUUCUGCAAAACCUCAAGAUAGAAAGCAUUUUCAGAGCACAGCAUUACAUGUUCUUGCAGAAAGCUGGAGUGACAACAAUCUAGUUCAUGCUAGAGAGCAAAUCCUCAACUUGCUCAUAAAGUAUGGAGCAAAUCUUGAGGCAAAAGACAGAAAUGGACAUACUCCUCUUUGGUUAUUUACAACCAGAGAUACCGAUAGUUUUGACACCACUAUUCAAUUCUUGGCCAGAAAUGGCGCCAGAUGUGACGUUCACCCUGUGAAACGCUUGUCGAUCAUUGAGCGUGUAGCAAAUUCCAAGAAUUAUAGCAUUGGAACUUUCAAAGUUAUGCUUCAGUACUAUACAGACAUGGAGACGAAAAGGCGUUCACAACAGAGUUUCACAAGAUUGCCCAGACCUUUCGGUCAAGGAGAAAAAUUCGUUGGCUCUGUCAGCCGCGAUGCGCUCUUGAAGCUACCUAUAAUGGAGUCGGCGAAGCUCGCAGUCAGACUCCUGCAAGUUCCUCGUGCCAGCAAGUUCGCGCUUCCGAGGAUACAAGAUGCACUUCCCAUUAGAUGGCUCUCUUCACGAAAGCGGCCUUGGAGAAUAUUCGGCUUCGGAUCCGAACUCCGUAGUACUUGGAGGACUCAAUACACUUGCAGAACGAGAAAGAGGAUGCUUGUCCCCACAGUGCUGGUCGACAGAUUAAUCGACUCAGAAUGA